UUUUUCCUUUUAAAGCAAUAGAAUAUAAAUGAUUUUGAUCUUCAAAAUUUGGUGCAGUAUUGAGGUCAAUGCAACAGAAAAUAUCCUAGAUAUCUUUAAACGAAUUUUGUGCCAGUUCAUAAGUAAACACAAGUAAUCCCUACUUGAAAUCCUUAUUAUUCCUUACGCUGUUCCGAUACUUUUCCAUGACAAUGAGUAUUAUUCAAGAAAUAUCUGUUUUAACGAAGAACCACGUCAAAAUUAAGAACCCCGAUAGAGUGAACGAUAUUUUAAGUAACAUGAUCAAAGGCGGUGUGAGUAAGGUGCAAAUAGUCUCUGAUUUUGAUAGGACAAUCACCAAACAACAUCAGGAUGGCGUGCCACAUCUUAGCACUUUUGCUAUGUUUAGCAAGAUACCGUCGUCAGCAAACAAUGAAAACUAUCAGAAAACAGUCAGCGCAUUGAGAGCCAAGUAUUAUCCUAUUGAAAUUGAUCCACAUAUACCCCACGAAGAAAAAUUAAAACUGAUGGAAGAGUGGUGGGAACUUUCCGAAAAAGCUAUAAGGGGUCUCAAAGUAACUCCAGAAGAAAUUGAAGAUAUUUGUGUGAAGACACAACCUUCAUUAAGAGAAGGUACAAGGGAGUUUUUUAAAGAUCUGGCACAGGAAAACGUUCCCAUAGUUGUGUUUUCUGCAGGUUGUGGAGAUUUAGUCAUGUCAAUAUUGAAACAGUUUGAUGUAUAUUUACCAAAUGUAAAGAUUAUAUCAAACUUUCUGAAAUAUAACAGCGAAGGAAUAAUAGAGGGAUUUCAAGACAAAGUAAUUCAUGUUUUAAACAAAAACGAGUACGCAAUUAAAAAUAGUGAUUUUUACCAUGUUUUGGAGAAGAGAGACAAUGUGAUAGUCUUAGGAGACUCUCUAGGCGAUGCCUCCAUGGCGGAAGGUCUAGAUCAUCUCAAAAAUCUUUUAAAAAUUGGAUUUUUAUACGAUCAUAUUGAUCAGUAUUUGCCACUCUACUUAGACACUUUUGAUAUUGUUUUGAUUGAUGAUCAAACAAUGGACGUUCCUAAAGCAAUCUUUGAUUACAUUAAGGCUGCACAAUAAAUUUUUAAGAUAGAAGACAAGUACUUAAACCUUUCGCUCUCUUUUACGUUUUAAAUAUUAUUUAUUGACGAGUGUCGCAUUGGCAUAUUUUGUACACAACUUUUUUUAUAGUGUCAGUAAUUUUAACAUGUAAGAAAAAAAAAUAAAAUUGUUUGUUGAGUUUAUAUUGAUCUUUUUUGUUAUGUUUCGU